CUCUCAACCUUAGUGUGUGAUGAUGGUGCAGACUGAGCGGCCGUGUUGCCCAUGUUAGUGUAAAUUUUAGUGUAAAUAUUGGGACUAUAUGUUGAAUCCUAAGGAAUUUACCAGUGCCUAUAAACAUGGGAUUAUGGAGGUGCACUAUAUUAUACCUGCUAGUGAUCCUGUGGCAGCAAUGUGAAGGGUCUGCGCUGAGCGAGUAUGUGAGCCAGUUUGAGGUGCUGCGGUAUGACUCCCAAGUGGUGCACAGAAACCACCAACGGGUCAAGAGGUCCCUCUACACUGAUGAACAGCUGACUAUAUCUUUUGCAUCACACGGGCGGUCGUUCCACCUGCGUUUGAAGCGGGACACGCAAACCAUUAGCCCAUUUGUGAAAGUAGAAGUCCCAGCUGAUCUAGAAGGCCUAGAUUUUAGUCACAUAUAUGAAGGGACCCUUCAAAAUGACCCAGGGUCUAAGGUGUGGGGCAGCAUACGGGAUGGGGUAUUUGAGGGUGUGAUAGCCAGCGAGCGUGAUGGCACCUUCUAUGUUGAACAUGCCCAUAAGUACUUCCCACGUCAUAAUUCCACUCAUGCGGGCUUCCACUCUGUUAUAUAUCAUAACGAUCAUGUGGAUGACCCCUACACAAAAGUUCGGGAAGGGCACACCUCUGGUUGUGGGGCGACGGAUGACGUGGCUGCCUGGAUGGACAGUGUUCAAAACUCUGCAGAUUUAGAAGAGGAGAAAGAAGCUGCAGCCAGGCGAUACUUAGAAAUGCCAGCCCACCUCCGUAGUCAGUACAAAUACAAAAAAUGGUUGGAUACACAAGAUAAAUAUAGAACGGUUCAAGAAGAAAGUGGAUUUCAUGGCAUAUAUGACAGUAUUCUAGAUGAUUAUCACAACAAGUACAGUGAGGAAGUAAACUUGCGACAUAAAAGAGCCGUUGGGAUUGGCGUUGGAGAAGACAAUAAGGGAACUUGUUCUCUCUCCAUACAGACUGACCCCAUGUUGUGGCAUCAUAUAUAUAAACAGGAGGGAAAUGAUAAGGAGAAGACGCGUGAUGAGAUCACAGCAAUGAUCUCGCAACACAUAAAAGCGAUAAACCAUAUAUAUGCUAAUGUCAAGUUCAAUGGCAAGUACAAACACAGAAACAUCAGAUUUGAAGUCCAGAGAAUCAAGAUUGACGAUGAUAAGCCAUGUCGUGCUAAUUAUGUGGGCGAGACCAACAAAUUUUGUAAAGCUAAUGUAGAUGUAAGUAACUUUCUCAACUUGCAUUCCCAAAAGAAGCAUGACGACUUCUGUCUGGCAUACGUGUUCACCUUCAGAGAUUUCACUGGAGGUACUCUUGGGCUGGCUUGGGUUGCAUCACCUUCAGGCGCCUCUGGGGGCAUAUGUGAAAAGUACAAAACCUACACCGAGAACUUGGGAGGCUUCCGUCAUUCUGAAAAGCGUUCCCUAAAUACUGGCAUCAUAACAUUCCUCAACUACAACUCUAGGGUGCCACCCAAAGUUUCUCAGCUCACUUUAGCUCAUGAGAUUGGCCAUAAUUUUGGCUCACCCCAUGACUUUCCUGAGACUUGCAAACCAGGAGGGCUGCAGGGAAACUUCAUUAUGUUCUCGUCAGCCACGAGUGGAGAUCGCCUCAACAACGACAAAUUUUCCCCUUGUUCUGUUCGCAACAUUUCCUUGGUGCUCGAUGCUAUUUCAGAAAAGAGAAGAACGAAUUGUUUCACUGAGAAUAAUGGUGCCUUCUGUGGUAACAAGAUUGUUGAGGAAGGGGAGGAGUGUGAUUGUGGUUUUGACAUGGAUGAAUGCCAAGAAAAAUGCUGUUAUCCACUUAAAAUAUCAGCAGCUGAUAAGAUGCUAAACCCUUCGGCCAAAGAAUGUACACGCAAGAACAACACACGGUGCAGCCCUAGUGAAGGACCGUGUUGUGACCGUGAAAAGUGUACCUUUGUGCAGGACAUCCAGUGCCACACUGAGACAGACUGCGAAGAAUCUGCCUAUUGUGAAGGAGAUAAGGCAUCUUGCCCUCAACCAGUUCCAAAAGAGGAAUACAAGGAAUGCAAUGAAGGCACAAAGGUGUGCACCAAGGGAAAAUGUAGUGGGUCAAUCUGCCUUGCUAAAGGAAUGAAGGAAUGUUUCCUCACUUCUGACCGUGUACACGACAAGAAGAAGCUUUGCGAGAUAGCUUGCCAGAUUGGGAACGACAGCUCGAGCUGCAAGUCCACAUCAGAGUUGAAAGAUGUGUUUGGUGGUGGACCUGUGUUUAUGAGGCCAGGAGCACCAUGCAAUAACUUCCAGGGUUACUGUGAUGUCUUCCAAAAAUGCCGUGCAGUAGAUGCAGAAGGACCAUUAGCCCGCCUAAAAAACCUACUAUUCAACCAGGACACCCUGAACAGUGUUGCAGAAUGGAUUACACAAUACUGGUAUGCUGUGAUGCUUCUUGGAGUUGGAUUUGUAGUAUUCAUGGGGAUUUUCAUCAAAUGCUGUGCAGUUCACACUCCCUCCAGCAAUCCUCGCAAACCACCUGCUCGCUCUAUCACAGAAACCCUCAGAAGACCUGUCAACACACUAAGGAGAGUCAAGCGCCAUCGACAAGGUCCAAGUCCGAAUGUUCAAGCAGGAGCAGCAGCAGCGCCACAAAACCAGCACCACCAUCACCAUCAUCACAACCAGCCAGGACCCUCGCAUCCCGGUAGAGGUGGUGAAAGAGAAGCAGAACGUCCAAAACCUCCAGGAGGUAAAAGAUCAAGUCGAGCAUAUAGUGACGAUCCCCCUCCGCCAUAUCCAGGAAACCCAAGACAUUCUGUCAGUCCUCCAAACCCAGGGAACUCUGUCACCCCUGCCAAUCGUGCUGGACCCACCCGGCAUGGCUAUGGGGAGGGCCGAGGACAUUAUAAUAGACCCAAAGGAAGGAUCAACAGCUGGGUGAACUAUGUGCCCGUGUCCAGCUCUGGGGAUCAAACUCGGGCUGGUAGUUCAGCAGUCUCUGCAGUUAGCCAUUACUUCGCCGGGGUGCAUAACGAAAAUGCUUCAGCCCCACCGCUGGAGUAAACUUGUGAUAAUACUGCUGUAAGUGGGGCUCUCCAGACUGCCUGCCACUCACUGUGUACAACCUUCUUCAGUGCUGCCAGUCACGGAUGUGAUGACACAUUGUUCCCUUCGUUACCACACACAAAUCAAACAACCACAUUUAAUGCAUGGAGACGUGUGGCACCGACGAGGACGAGAUGUUUUGUGGGCACGGUGAAAGAAAAGGAAAGAUUACAUAUAAACUUAAGAGUUGAAAAGCCACAGCACUGGCAGUGAGUAAGUGGUGGUAAACAAACAGACAAGCACUGCUGUUUGUUUGUGAAAUGGAGCCCUGGUAUAACGUUUAACUCUUUGAGUUUGUGUCAGGCCUUAGUGAGAAGUAUUGCUUAACAUAUAUUUAUGAUCUGUUGACGUGUGAAGGUGUUGCUGAAGGAUUGCACAUACUGUAAUGAAGAAAUGUUAUUUAUCGUACAUAGUGGUUUAUUAUGAACUAAACUGAAGAUGAGAGCGUGAAGAUGAUUUCAUUGAAUCUUCAGAUGGAUACAGUUAUGUCCAUGCGAAAAGGCAAGACUAGUGGUGCUUUGACAUUUAAGGUCAAUAAUUAAUGUGAGAAAUGUGGCUAUGUUUUUUUCCAGUGUGGAAACUAGUGCCAACUAUGAGGAUGGACAUGGGUAGCCUUCAGGCCCCAAUAAUCCAGUUGUUGCACUUAUGUAGUAAACACAUGUAAAGCUUUUUCAUUAUUAGUAUUUGGCUCAUGUAUGUUCAUUUAAGGUAUCACCGUAAGUGGUCAUCCCAUCGGUAGUGAAGUGUAUCCCACACACGUUCAUUUUUUAUCUGGUUUAUUCAUAUUGAUAAAUUAAUAAAUCUUCUGAUACCAUAUGUACAUUUUGGGUACAACAUUGUCAUAGCAACUUCAUGGACAGUGAAGUCUGAUUUUUAUAUCAUUCCCUUAGACAUUGCAUUUAUUACAGAUGGCUUUAGAGUAAGAUUUGAAUGUAAUUGUGGGUACUUUAUAAAAUGUAUGAAUCUCAAAAUUACGGAUCUAAAGAUUUCAGAUUGAGAUGAUGGAAAUUCUUCAUACACCUUGAGUGUUCGGUAAUGGAAGAAAGAUAUGGUGUGUGUUACACAGGUGUGUUGAAGCAUUAAAGAUAUGCAUCUAUGUGAGAGGCGGUCAUAGUAAUCAUUUUAUACACACAUGGUUGUAUAUAAUUAAAAGGUUAAACUUAGCUCUCAGGUUGGAGAUGACAUGUUUUAUAUUCCAUGUCCUCUUAUUAUUCUCUUCUUUACUGGUCUGUAGCCAUAUCAGUCUCUCUCUCUCUCUC